UGAGAAACAGUCUUACUCAUGUAACACAGUACAUGAGAUCGCUACAAAACGUCUGGUUGUCUAAAAAUAUCCAUAUAUAUAGCACGUGAUUAAUUUCCUGUAUCCAUUAAGUUUUCAUUACAAGAUUGUAUAGGAUAAAGAUGACAAAAUGGAAGUAUUAUGCCCUUUCUUUGUUUUUUGUACCAUUUCUUAUUGGGUUUUCGAUAAAUCAAUAUGGACAAAGGAAUUUUAUCUCAACAAAAUGGAAUCUACCAAACAGGAUUUAUUUGCAUUUAGUGUCCAACAAAACAUCAAAUGAAAGUACAUGGAAAUUUCUAUCGAAAAUCUUUCCGAAGGAAAGGAAGUAUGUCGAUGGAAAUGCUCCUAAUGGAACAUCCCCAAAAAUAUCCCAUUCUAACUUAACAGUUGUAACGGCUUACUGGAAUCUUGGAACUUUCAGGAAAGGAUCUCAUCAAACAUUUACAACGAAUACUUAUUUAACAUGGACCAAGCCUUUCAAGUACCUUAUGAAUCCUCUUGUGAUAUACACAGACUGUGUGCAAUUUCGCGAUUUAAUAACCAAAGAGAGGUCCGAAGGAAUAUUGGAGUACCAGACUGAACUUGUUUUUAUAAAUAGGACAUCUCUCUGGCCAUUUUCAUUGUUGGAUAAAAUUAAACAAGUGUACAGCCAACCAGGGUACCCAGCGCACUACCCAAACACCGUUAAUCCUUCCUACUCUGCUGCGCAACAUGCAAAAUACGCAGUGGUUGCAGAUGCAGUGCGAAGGAAUUUAUACAACACUUCAUAUUUUGCUUGGCUUGAUAUAGGAUACUUUCGAGACUUGAUUGGAAGCAAUCAAUAUUUUGAAUUAAAAAUCCCACCAAACUUUGACUCAUCUCGUUUAGCAUUCAAUCUUAUAUCUCAUCGGGGAAUGAACACAAGACCCUUCAGCAUAUUUCGUAGCAAUAUAGUAUGGGUCGGUGGAGGAUUAUUCAUUGGGACCAGAAAUGUUGUGAUAGAGUUUGAAAAACUUUACGAGAGAGCAGUAUUAUACUUUCUGGACCAGAAACUAAUGAAUUCCGACCAGCAGGUUCUUUACUCAUUAUAUAGUCAAGAAGGGAGAAAAGCUCUCAAGCCUAACAUUGAACUUCAGCUGUACACUCCAACAGGUGGAGGAAACCCUUGGUUCUAUCUUGGAUAUUUAUGCAGAAAAGUUGUUAAUCGAACUAAGGUUGAAGAAUUUAUAUAAUUAGUUUUAGAGUGAUGAGAAACACUACAACAUUUACGCAAGAUUGGAUGACAUUAAUCAGCAAUGGAAUGCGUUUACAAAAAAGAUUGUGUUCACCUUUUUUUAGCUCACCUAGACGAAGUCAAGGGGAGCUUAUGCUAUACCCUCGGCGUCGGCGGUGGCGUCGGCGUCGGCGUCCGGACCUGGUUAAAGUUUUUGUUGCAGGUUCUGUAUCUAAGCUAUUUCUUGUCCUAUCUUCACCAAACUUGCAUGGAUGAUGCAUCUGGACCUACUUAUGGACUUGAAAGACUUGGAUGCUGAAUCUGGGUCCUAAAUUUCAGAUACUGGAGGAGGUUAAGGUUGUUGGACCAGGUUAAAGUUUUUGUUGCAGGUGCCCUUUGAUAGCAAUAUCUUAGUUACUGCUGGUCCAUACUUCACCAAACUUGCAUGGAUGGUGUGUCUUAUAAUACUGAUGCACCAGAUAGGCUUGAGUGCUGAAUCUGAGCUAUAGGUUUCGGAUGCUGGAGGAAGUUAAGGUUUUUGGAGCAGGUUAAAGUUUUUGUUGCAGGUGCCCUCUGAUGAUUAUAUCUUAGUUACUACUGGUCCUAACUUCACCAAACUUGUAUGGAUGGUGCGUCUUAUGAUACUAAUGCACCUGACAAGCUUGAAUGCUGAAUCUGAGCCAAAGGUUUUGGAUGCUGGAGGAGGUUAAGGUUUUUAGAGCUGGAUUAAGUUUUUUGAGCAGGUGCCCUCUAGUGAUUAUAUCUUAGCUACUACUGGUUCUAACUUCAUCAAACUUGCGUGGAUGGUUCGUCUUAUGAUACUGAUGCACCUGACAGGCUUGAAUGCUGAAUCUGAGCCGUAGGUUUCGGAUGCUGGAGGAGGUUGAGGUUUUAAGAGCUGGUUAAAUAAAGUUUUUGAAACAGGUGCCCUCUGAUGAUAUCUUAGUUAUUACUUGUCCUUACUUCACCAGACUUCCAUGGAUGGUGUGUCUUAUGAUACUGAUGCACCUGACAGGCAUGAAUGCUGAGUUUGAGCCAUAGGUUUCGGAUGCUGGAUAAAGUUAAGUUUUUUGGAACAGGUCACAUGUUUAAUAGAUGAUAGUACUAUUUUAAUCUUGCAUAGUUGAUUUAACUGUAAUAUGAAUGAAUCGCAGAGAUAGCUUCAGAUGCAGAGCUUGAUCUCCAUUAUCAAGGAUGCUAAAAAAUAAAUCUUAGUUAUUAUUGGUCCUAACUUCACCAAACUUGAAUGGAUGGUGUGUCUUAUGAUACAGAUGCACCUGACAGGCAUGGAUGCUGAAUCUGAGCCAUAGGUUGCGGAUGCUGGAGGAAGUUAAGGUUUUAAUUGCUAGUGCCCUCUGAUGAUGAUAUCUUAGUUAUUACUGGUCCAAACUUCACCAAACUUGCAUGGAUGAUGCGUCUUAUGAUACCAAUGCACCUGAUGGGCUUGAAUGCUGAAUCUGAGCCAUAGGUUUCGGAUGCUGGAUGAAGUUUAGUUUUUUGGAACAGGUAAAAUGUUUUAUAGAUGAUAGCUUGCAUAGUUGAUUUAACUUUAUUAUAAAUUAAACGCAGAGGUUGCUUCAGAUGCAGAGCCUGAUCUCCAUUAUCAAGGAUGCUAAAGAAAUCUCCUACCUCACUCAAACCUGCUCAAUAGAUAGAUGUGUUUGUUGAUAAAUGAUAUAACAUGAUUCCAAUGAUAUAGUAUUGUAUGAUAUGAAACAAUAUUGUUUGAUAUGAUACAAUAUGAUAUCAUAUGUUAUAUUAUAAAAAGUUAUACGAUACGAUAUGAUAUUGUAUCAAUUUUUUUGAUAUUUUAUGAUAUGAUAUUGUAUCAUGAUAUUGUUAUGUAUAGUAUUGUAUAUUAUGAUACAAUAUUGUAAAAUAUUAUAUUGUAUUUUUGAUUUAUUAUUUUAACACAUGAUACAAUUACAUAA